AUGCGACUGAUCAGACCAAUCACCGGAGCCAUCAGACACACCAGACCAAUCUCGGCCUACAGGGUUCCUCCCCCAACUACUCCAAUCGGGAGACAAGCAAUGGCAAAGCCGGACCUGGUCGUGAUUCUCGGAACCACCGGUACCGGCAAAUCAAAACUGGCCAUCGAGCUUGCCGGCGCACUGAAUCCGACUAGAACACCCGAAAUCAUCAAUGGAGACUCGAUGCAAGUUUACAAGGGACUCGAUAUCUUGACCAACAAAAUCACACCCCACGAGACAAACGGUAUCCCACAUCAUCUCAUGAGCUUCUUGGACCUCGAUCAGGACUAUACCGUCGAGAGAUUUAGAGACGAUGCGACUAAAAAAAUCGCAGAAAUCCAUCAAAAAGAUUUCGUACCAAUCGUCGUCGGAGGAACUGGUUAUUACAUCCAAAAUUUGAUUCUACCUGGCCGAUUGACGAAAGAUGUCCAGCACCACGAUCCAGCACUCUCUGAGCUGACGAAGAAAGAUAUCCAUGCGACCAAAUCUCCCGAUUUCGAUCACACAUCCAUCCUAGACAAUCCGCAAGAAAUUCUCGACCGAUGUGAACAGAACGGAUUCGAUCCCACUUUGCUCAAUAGCUUGAAAUCCAUGUCACUCGAUCAUUUACGAUUAGUCUUCUUAUUGCCGCAUCUACCGCCCUUCUCGUCCCCCAAAGAAUUUCCACCAGGCUUUCCCAGCGAGCUCUUACCUCCGAAAUAUCGACCCCCUCAGGCGACCGCCGAAGAUUUCUGUAUCGGUCUGUAUGAGGCUCUCAAAUCUAUUGACCCCGUGAUGGCUAGCAGAUGGCAUUGGAGAGACCUGAGAAAGGUUCGAAGAAGUCUCGAGGUCGCUAUAUGCAUGGGCAAACUGAUGAGUCAUGUGGUUGCUGAGCAAGACCAAAUAGACAUUCGAGCAAAAAAUACUCCAGAGGAAAGUGCUCCCUACCGGACAUUGGUAUUCUGGUUGUAUUCAGAAACCGACCAGCUUUUACCUCGGCUAGAUGCUCGGGUAGAUAAAAUGAUUGAAAGCGGCCUCGUGAAUGAGGUACGGGAAUUAAAGAUAAUGCGGGAAAGACUGGCAGCGGGCGACCAUACUCGGACCGACUUUUCUCGAGGCCCUUUCCAGGCCAUAGGAUAUCGAGAAUUCGAGUCACUAGUAAGCACCACCGAAGCCGACUCGGAACCAGAACAAAUGUCAUCGAAGAAAGUUGCGGAAGCCACAGAAUUGACCAAGGUUGCAACUCGGCAAUAUGCCAAAUCACAAGUCAAAUGGAUGAAAAACAAGUUCUUGCCUGAGCUGAACCGCAAAUUUGGAUUUUCUUCCGAAGCUUCAGACGCUGCGGGUAGCUCAGAUUCUCAAAUGAUUACUUACAUACUGGACGCUAGUGAAUUGGAUGAAUGGGACCAGAACGUCCUCAUCCCUGCCCAAAAAAUCUUAUCUGCGUUCUUGAGCUACGACGAUUUACCAUCUCCCAAAUCUAUUUCUUCGAUUGCAAAUUCAAUACUCUCCGAAUCACAAGGAAAAAAAAUAAGAUCGUUGAAAGAUUUACGAUUGAAAACAUGCGAAAGUUGCACGCCUGAAUCACAUAAGCCGUUCUUGAUUGAAGAGGUGCAUUGGGAGGCACAUCUGAGAAGCAAGAAGCAUCGCAGAUCUCUGAUGAUCAAAACCAAUCCUCGUCCGCCUCGAUCACCAGCAUCCUCAACUUCCCAUCCUGAUUGUGUGUCUUAUCUGUAG